AGUGUUUGCCUUGCAUAACAUUCAUACUUCACUGAGUAUAUAAGGCAACAAACUGGGGGGGUGAAUGUGUGACUAGCUUGCAAAAUGGCGACUGGGAAGAACACACUGCUGCUGUCCUUGAUUCUCACCGCCGGGGUCACAGCUCUUGUAGCUACUGGACAAAACACAGAGCAACCAGAAGUGGUGACCAAAUAUGGGAGAGUCCGAGGAAACCAAAUCAGAGUACACGCCGCUGAGAGGAGUGUCAAUGUCUUUUUGGGACUUCCCUUUGCUAAGCCUCCUGUUGGACCCUUGAGGUUUUCCGAACCCCAGCCACCUGAGCCAUGGAAAGGUGUCAGAGAUGCCACUUUCUACCCACCAGUAUGUCUACAGGAUAGAGAACAAGGACAGUAUUUUUCAGAUCUUAUUACUAAUAGAAAAGAAAAGAUUCCUCUCCAACUGUCUGAAGACUGCUUAUACCUAAAUGUGUAUACACCCACUUCUACAGAAAAACAGGAGAAACUGCCUGUCUUUGUAUGGAUCCAUGGAGGUGGAUUAGUUUUUGGAGCAGCUUCAACAUAUGAUGGUUCAGCAUUAGCGGCCUUUGACAAUGUGGUGGUUGUAACAAUUCAGUACAGAUUAGGUAUUCUUGGAUAUUUUAGCACUAGUGAUGAGCAUGCCCGGGGAAACUGGGGUUAUUUGGAUCAAGUAGCAGCUCUUCAGUGGAUUCAGGAAAAUAUCAUAAAUUUUGGAGGAGAUCCAGGAUCCGUAACUAUCACUGGAGAAUCUGCAGGAGGAGUCAGCGUUUCUGCCCUUGUCUUAUCUCCUCUGGCAAAGGGCUUGUUCCAUAAGGCCAUCUCAGAGAGUGGUACUGCAAUCCAGAUUUUGUUCACUGACCAUCCUGAGGAGCAAGCACAAAGAAUUGCUACUGUAGCUGGUUGUCAAAUAUCCAGUUCAGCUGCAAUGGUUGAGUGCUUAAAAGACAAAACAGAAGAAGAGAUGGAACAAAUAACUCUGAAAAUACCUCCCUUGUUCAUCACUGCAUGUGUGGAUGGUGUAUUUUUUCCUAAGAGUCCCAGGCAAUUACUAUCUGAAAAAGUAAUCAAUGCAGUCCCAUAUAUAAUAGGAGUAAAUAACUGUGAGUUUGGAUGGAUAAUUCCUACAGUAAUGAAAUUUCCUGAUUAUGCAGAAGGUCUGGACAAAGAUGUUGCACGUCAAGUUUUACAGGGCGUAUUAUCACCUUUAACAGAUGUUACUCCUGAUGUUAUUGAUCUAUUAUACAACGAAUACAUAGGGAAUGCAGAGAACCGUGUUCAGGUGCGAGAUGGGCUUCUUGAUGCACUAGGAGACUCUUUUUUCGUUUUCUCAGCCAUUGAAGUAGCUAGAUACCAUAGAGAUGCUGGCAAUCCAGUCUACUUUUAUGAGUUUCAGCAUCGACCAAGUUCAGCUACCGGUGUUGUACCAGAGUUUGUAAAAGCAGACCAUGGAGAUGAGAUUGCCUUUGUCUUUGGAAAGCCAUUUUUAGCCGGAAAUGCUACAGAAGGAGAAAAUAAACUUAGCCGAACAGUUAUGAGAUACUGGACUAACUUUGCUAGAAAUGGAAAUCCCAAUGGAGAAGGCUUGGUGCAUUGGCCUCAGUAUGAUCUGGAUGAAAGAUACCUGGAAAUAGACCUAACGCAAAAGGCAGCAAAGAAAUUGAAAGAACGCAAAAUGGAGUUUUGGGCACAGAUCACAAAACAAACCAUGACAGAAAGAAGGACAGAACACACAGAUUUAUAAGUGCGGCAGAGGAUGUAAUUUGCUUUUAAAACCUGAAGUAAAGCCAAACCAAAUUAGUUUGUCAGAAUGCAGAAUUUAAUAAUCAGUUUCUAACUCACUAUUAUGUAAUUUGUUGUCAUGAUCACACUGAUAGGAGAGAAUCAAGGGAAAUUUGGAAUGUUCAUGGGACUAAAAAUCAGUAUUUAAUGAAGGAAGUGGGGAAAAAGAAAAACAAUCUUUCAGACUGACACCAUGGUAUCUACCCAGUGGAUAUCAAAACUGAAUAAUUCUCCUGAGAGAAGGAAGAACAAGAAUAAAAUUGGCAGACACAUUGACAUAUUCUGCAUAGAUAAUUCUUAUGAAUUUCAUAAAUGUCAGAAUAUGUAUUCAUUUCCCUCUUCUUUCAGAAUACAGUCCUCAAUUGUCAGUCCUGCAGCCUGCUUCCACUUUCUUUACUGGAAAUAGCUUGUAGAGAGCAGAGCAAUCUUCCCUAUGAUAAAAAUGUCUGUGAGACAGCCUCAACAUCUCACAAAUCAGGACAGAAAUUCUCUACCUGUUUUCUUGUUAUAUAAAAUGUUUUAAAUAAAUGUUACUUUUUUCUUUUUGGGGGGGAGGGGGCGGGGCUUCCUUUUGUUUCACCUAACUGAUGCAGGCUAAUUCCAAGAGGUUGUUGCGAAAGUCUCAACAAAGAAAUGCGUGAAAGUGCAAACUGGGAACCGUGAGGGCUCUGUCUUCCAUGUACAGCCUGGACAGGGUGGAACUGACCAGUCCUGGCAUCAGGGCAUCUUCCCCUGCACCUGGGCCUGCCCAGCUGUGCAAGCCAGUAAGUUAUCUGUGGCUCCAAGUCCCAGAGCUGUACAUGCUGGCAGCACUAGGCUGGAAACAAGACAGGGACUUCUGUAAAUCUGUCAUAGCUCUGCUCUCCAGUGAGCGACACAGCCUGGCAGCCCAAGGUGUCCCAUGCAACAAGGUGGCCUUUGUCGGCCACCCAGGUCUGAACUGAUCAGUGGUACUUCUUUUUGGAAACAAAGCUGCAGAAAUAGGUGAUCUGCACACAGAAACCAUCCACCAAGUUCGGGACACAAACAUUUGUAUAAUAUCUUCAAGUUAAAGCAUCAGUUUGCAUAAUCAUAAUGGUUUUUCUGCUCCUCUGAAUGAGCUCUGUUGACAGCACUGCUGGCUUUGACUACACAGCUUCACAUUCAGAGCUGGCUGGUUACCUGGACCUCAUUGCCCCACAGCAUAGGAAGAAUGACAGGGAGAACAGAAGCAAGUGUGUGAGCCAGCAGAGUGCCAGAGUCAUCUGAUCUUGUAUUGAAGUGGAUGAUAAGCGCUCACUCAAACAGCCAUGCUGCAUGUCUGUAAUUUGAGCAAAGGAGUGGCUGGGAACAGCUGGUGGUUACAGUGUUGCUUAGGAUAAGUUGUAGUAAGGCAAACCAUUUCUGCAAGAUUAUCUGGCAGUGAUGUCAGCAGUGUUUGUUGAUACAUAAAUCUGUAGAGGUUUAGUUACACCAGUCUAAACUUGUCUCGUGAACUCUUUUUCCUUUAGUCACUUAUUUGUUCAGCUUGAGCUGGGUCUUAAUGUGUUUUAGAAAACUCUGAUUCUGUUUGCCCUUGGAAUGACUGGGGCAGUCACAGCAUCUCAGCUACCAGGGCAAUAACCUUCAGAGCAGUUUUUCACAUAUGUCUACCUUCUUGUCUGCACUAAAAUUCACAAAAUGAGUAGUUAUCUUCCUGUUCUUUUCCCACAGAUUUAACAUUACAGUAUAAAUAAACCAGUGCUUGGAAUUUGGAAGCAGUGCUAGUACCUGGAAACAGGUAUGGCAUAUAUAAAAAUGUGAUUAGAAAGGUGUAUUUCAUAAAACGCAGCUUAAAACUAUUCAAGACACUUCAAAACUUUAGAAACCUGGGAUGUUUUAUAUUAGUAAUGUCUGCUUAUGAUUAAGUAAAAAUGUCUACAUACAAAAGGUUAUAAUUGCUUGAUAUUUCCUCAGGUGGUUUUAGCACACAAGCAGUCUCAAAAUAUCUGAAGUGGCAUUUUUUAUAUACUGAAACAAAUGGCCCAUUUGGAUAUGGAGAGCUGCAUGUAAUCAAAAUAAUGCAAGGAAUAGUUGCUCUUUGACACUUUUGUACGAUAUACCUUGGUUAGGUUACACCUAGGAAGUAAAAAAUGUGCUCAGUUUUUCUUCAGUCUGAAGCUUUCAGAUCUAAAUUUUCCUACUUUCUGUGGCAAGACCUGAGUCCUGAGGCUCUCGAGUUUUCACAGACUAUUCUGUGGCAUGAUUUUCUGUUCUUCCGUCCUUCCUGGCAAAGAGUUCAUGAUUCAUUGGCCAGAGGAAGGAAGCAUUGCUGACAGGACAGACACCCACCAAGGCUGAGGGGAGAACAAAGUAUGGUAUUGUUCACUGCUUGUUAUUAGCUCACUGUUGUUGUCCAUGGGCCCAUGAAGGGAAGGCCUGAUGAUGUGAAAAGUGUGCACUGGCAGAAAUGUGGGCACAUAGAGAAUUUCAGGGUCAAGCAGGGCUCCUGUAGUGUUAGCCAUUUCCCAAUCUGCAGUAUUUUGGCCUACACGUAUUUGGUGCUAGUAUUUCUGACAAAGUCUGCUUUAGUGCUUAAUCCCUUAUUUUGUGUAGAUCUUGGUCUGUUUUGUCAAGUCAGUCUGCAUUCUGCUGAACUACGUUUAGGCACAAGAGGAACUUGUUUGUAAUUUCAAAUGCAAUUAAAAUAUGAUUAUAUCCACCAUCUCCAAAAGCAGCAGCCCAAUCUACUUAAAAACAUAACAAACAUUGUAGACUUCUCGUUCUUACAUCCUUGUAAUCUUACAAAAUUUUUGCCCCUCUGCUCUCCUGAUACCAUAAAAUGGUUUAACUUCUUGACCUUUUGUAUUCAACAUGAGGUUCAUAGUCUGUAGACUCACUAACAGUGAUACAGCAAAUUACACAAUAAUCUCACACUCAUUUGAAACAUGAGAGAGGUCAGCUAAAGGCAUUUGCCAUCUGCUGUGUUUUAUGAAUGACAUGUUUUUUAAGGGUGCUGUCACAUAGCUCUAAGCGUGACUUCGCUUUAUGCUCCGAUGCGUUACUUCAUGCUAAGUCCAUGCUAACUGGUUAUAAGCGAUUCUAGUUUUGCUUUGUUUUAAAAUAAUAAGUUAUAGAAAGCAGCAUUAAUUUUUCUCAAGGUGAUUUAUACAUUUGCUCUGAGCCAGAGACAUCAGUGACAGGUAGCAUUCCAUUUGCUUUGAUUAGUUUCAGUCUUUGAAAAUAUCCUUCAAAUUCUGUCAAGCUAGGAAGGCCUCUCUUCGCCUUUCACCACAUGGUACACACAUUUUACGUUAUAUUAUAAAUGUAAGACAUCUGACAGGCAAAACAUUUCCCAGCUAAAUGAAGGAUACAGUACCCACUAUGUUUCCAAGCAGAAUAACAAUGAUUUUUUCAAUAAAGCAGCCAACAUUAACUGUGGAGAUUGUCAGGUUUGUAUUUUGGAUGUUUUAGGACAAUGGCAAGGCAACAACCAUGCCAGUAAAGCUACUCAUGAACUGUAUUUCCUGUCCUACAGGAAACUCCAGCAGUCAAAACAAAACAAAACAAAAAAGUUUUGUUCCAAAUUGGGAAUAAAAGGUUUAAAUGUC